ACUGACAACUCAAUGUUUGUAAACAAAUAGUCGUUUAAAGACUAACAAUCGAGGAAGGCGAAAUCUUUUUUGCCGAAAAUUUUCUUUUCUCACAACAACAGUUAUAUAAGCACAAAUAAACGAUUGCAAACUUUUCGUUCGCAGUACAGCAAGUUAAUUAGAGUUGAAAUGGUUAGCGUGAAACACAUUUAAAUAUCGGAGAAAAAUUUCCCCAAUAUAAUUACGCCAAUGUACGUUGUUGUUCUUGAGUUUGAUGCUGAACUCGAAAACAUGGCUGUAUAGCAUCGGGCUCGGAGACAGUUACUGUCACCAAUUCGUUGUCUCUUCCUCGUUUUUCCUCGUCGUUUCGAUCCGGGAAAACUAUCACCUCUGGAAUAUUUUCAGUGAAAACUGUGCAAAAGCGGACGCAUUUCCAGCAAAAUGGUGCAGAAGAACAACAGCUUCAUUGCCUUCUUCAAGAACAUCUAUUACGAUGACUACAAAUGGGCACUUGUGAAGAGCGCUUCUCUGUUUCUGGUCGGGGUUCGCAUCGCCAAAGAGUGUCAAGGUUUGGAGCUGAUGCCCGCGGUUCCGCAUUAAUCCGGUCCCUUGUUGAGCAAACUCUAAUUCCGUUAAAAACUAUCCAUACUACUGUUUAGAAUAAGAUGAGUACCGGUGUAGUUCUGAAAUAAAAUUUCGCGCAGUGGCUCUGAAAACAAAAUGGAAUCUCUUCUCAGAAUAUCACCAAUCAUAAUACUAUCGGUUCUUGCUUUGGCUGUUCAAGCUGAGGAAAAUGCUCCCAACAUUGUACUCGUUCUUACCGAUGACCAGGACGUAGUUCUCAAAGGAUUGAAUCCAAUGGUCCAGACGCAACAACUUAUAGCUAAUAGAGGAGCAACAUUUAUGAACGCUUUCACAUCGUCUCCCAUUUGCUGCCCAUCGAGAAGCUCUCUCUUAACGGGACAAUAUGCGCACAACGUAAAGACUUUCAACAACUCCCAAACGGGAGGCUGCUACGGGACCCAUUGGCGCGAAAAAGUUGAACCAUCCACAUUCCCCGUUCUGCUGCAGGAGGCAGGUUACCGAACUUUCUACGCGGGAAAAUAUCUCAACGAAUACUACUCGAAGGAAGUGCCACCAGGCUGGAGCGAUUGGCACGGUUUGCAUGGAAAUUCCAAGUAUUACAACUACACCCUUAAUGAAAAUGGACAAAUCGUAUCGUUUACAGAAGAGUAUCUGACGGAUGUUUUGAGCAAUCGCACUGUGGAUUUCCUGUCCAAAGCCGAACAAGGAGUUCCAUUUUUCGCAAUGGUCGCUCCACCAGCUCCGCAUGCUCCGUACACUGCUGCCACGAGGCACGAAGACACUUUUGCCGACGUUAAUGCGCCGAGAACUAAGAAUUACAACCUGCCAUGUGGACCGCUAGAGAAACACUGGUUACUGACCAUGCCGCCGUCACCACUGCCGGCGGACAUCCUUGCCAGCAUAGACAUCAUCUACCGCAAACGUUGGCAAUCCCUCAUGGCUGUGGACGAAAUGGUAGAAUCUAUAGUGGCUACUUUGGAGAAGCGAAAUAUGUUAACCGACACGUACAUCAUCUACACAUCCGAUAACGGAUACCACAUGGGACAGUUUGGAUUACCGUACGACAAGCGCCAACCAUACGAAACCGACAUUCGAGUUCCGCUUCUCAUGACAGGACCGAAGAUUCCUCCGAAAACGCUUGUAUCAGCUCCCGUGGUUCUCAUCGAUAUUGCACCAACUGUUUUGGAGUUGGCUGGUUUGGAUAUUCCCGCCGAGGUAGAUGGUGCUUCCGUUCUGAGUAAACUGUCCCAUACGGCGCCCAUCGAAGAAAGACAGAUUUUGGUAGAAUAUUGGGGAGAAGGAACCGUGGAAACGCACAAUCCAGAGUGUCCUUGGCAGAAAAAGGACAAAUUAAUGCUUUGCACACUGGACGCUGGAUGCCAUUGCCAGGACGCGUGGAACAAUACGUACAAUUGUGUUCGUCAUAUGGCCAACGAUUUAGAUAUGGUCUACUGCCAAUUCAAGGAUAAUGAACAUUUCAUCGAGGCGUACGAUUUGAGCAAUGACAUGUAUCAAAUAGAAAACGUUGCUUACGAUUUGCUGCCUUCCAUACGGGCAAAGUAUGAUCUCGCUAUAACCAAUCUCACGGAAUGUUCGGGGCCUACCUGCAGACGUAUUUAUUAGAUUUGAAUUAUUCUAUGCAUUACUAUUUGGAUGAAUAUAUGUAUACACUUAUGCAUUAAUCAA